AUGAUUAUUGAUCGUGCUGAUGUUGUUAUGAAAAUGGCGGAGAACAAUUGCGAAUCAAUCGUUCCUUUAAUACCAAUGGAACCUAUAAACAGCGUCACUAUUCGAAAUAUCAUCAACGAUUUAAUUAAAGCUGAGAAUUGGAAGAUUGCUUUGGAAUUGUCAGUGAAAUGGGAUCGAUCUGGAACGUCAGGCGUCUUUUCUGCUUGGGGUGUCUCAGCAAUCAAAGCUGGACGUUAUCGAUUUGCACGAGAAAAGAUUACUUUGGCAUUGCAGUCAGUUAAUGGAAGUUCAACUCAAAUCAAUAAUUUGUUCAUUAAAAUGUUCAUUAAUUUGUUGAAUGACAAUAAUGCUGUCGAUCCAACUUGGUUUAAUUAUAGACAAUCAACAAGGUCACCGCCUUUACUUCAAGAAGUUCUCGAAUCACUUGAAACAAAUGCAAGUCGACAACCAAAAUCGGAAGUUCCAUCGAAUGUCACAGUUGAGAGUCCAACAAAUGUUCUAAAUCUUUUGAGUAAUUUGAAAAAUAUUUCUGAAGGUGAUUACGGACCAGCGACUAAAAAGCCUUUGGGAAAGUUUGAAUGGCAGUCAAAUUCAUCUCCAAUCCUCAGUAGUCAUUAUUAUGAAGAAAGUGUUUACUAUUUAACAAAUUACGGUGGAAAUGCUGAAUAUAUUUCAUUUUUAAUGGUCAGCAAUUUAAUUUCAUCGACACUUCGUUACGUGAUUGCACAACAAAUUCCAACAGAACUUUUCAUUCAUCGUGUCUUCGUACCAAUAGCAAAAACCGGAAGACUUAGUGAAUUUAUUGAUCUUGUGAAACAAAUGGAUGGAAGUUUUAAGAUUUGGGAGGAUUACAUCAUUGCAGCUUGCAAAUAUCUUGAACGAAAGCGAGCACUUCAUUGCCUUUAUCAGAUGCAAAUAUUGAUUGGAGAUUUUGUGCGUGCUGCUUUGACAUGCAUAAAAUUCUAUCUUGAUGGUUCGGAAAUUACACGGAACUUCAUUCAAGAUGUCGUUACUUGGUUGAUAUAUCUGACUGGAACAAGAAAAACAAUCAGAAGAGUGAAAGUAAAAAAGGAAAUUGCAUUAAAAUGGGAUUUGAAGAAAAUCAACGCACAUAUCAACAUCAUUUCACUUCAAAUUGAGGUUUCGAAAUAUUUAGCGCGAUGUGAAGCUGAUGGUUUGCCUACUAUUGGAUUAAUGCCGAGAAUUUUUCUUGAUAAGCCUGGUAUGAAAACUUUAUUCGGAUUAAUUCAAGAGAGAAAUCAUGUGGCGAUUCUCCUUUUACUCUGUGGACAUUCAAUUGAAAAUGGUUUUGGUUUAUCAUAUCGUGUCAUUCAAGAAUGUUCAUUAAGCGCAACAAAAAUUUACUCAACAUGCAUAAAAUAUCUUGCUAAAAACGUUAGUCGACUGCUGGAUGUGGAAAAGUUCAUUGAGUCAAUUAAAACGAAUGCUGCCAAUGAAGAGAAUGUCAUUGAUAUUGAAACAUUAGAUCUUUGUGAUGAACUUGUUGCUAUGGCUGUGGAAAUUGCUUACAAUCAACAUCAAGCUAAUGCAAAGAAUCAAAUUGAUAAACUCAUCAAACUCAUUACAAGUAUUUAA